AUGACCGCCCCAGCCGCCAACAUGAGUUACUCCCCAAAGAGACUCAUCGUGUGCUGCGACGGCACCUGGAUGAACUCGGAGAGUGCCUACGUAAAGCCCACCCUCCUCAAGCCCAAGGGGUCGCUCCAGAUCCCCUCAAACGUGACUCGCAUCUCGAGGUGUUUUCGCCGAAGGUGCAGCGAUGGCCGGAUGCAAGUCAUCGAGUACGAGUCUGGCGUCGGCACGGGCAGCAACACCCUCGACACCCUUACUGGCGGUGCUUUUGGCCUCGGUCUUGGAGAACGAGUUCGCAACAUUUAUAGCUUCCUCUGCGCCAACUACUGCGACGGCGACGAGAUCAUCCUUGUCGGCUUCUCUCGUGGCGCUUACAUUGUCCGUUCUGUCGCCGGCAUGAUCUCUGACCUGGGACUAUUAACCCGCGAGGGCGUUGAGCACUUUUGGCCCAUCUUCAAAGACAUGGAGAACUGGAACAACCACCGGUAUCGCGACGAGUUCCCGACGAUGCCAUUCGACAACAAGCCCAAGGGUGAAGGGGCAGCGGAGGUGUACAGGGCCAAGCUGGAAAAGCUUGGCAUGACCCGUGUCCGACAAAAUGAGGGCAAUGGGGAGAUAAUCAAGGUCAAAGCAGUUGCCGUCUGGGACACAGUUGGUAGUCUUGGCAUCCCUCAAAUUGCCUGGUUGAAUAAGCUCGGUAUCUACGCAUCAAAUCGCGAGUUCAGAUUCUGGGACACGAGCCUGUCUGACAGAGUCGAACACGCCUUCCAGGCCCUGGCUCUCGAUGAGACGCGCUACUCCUUCCAGCCGGCUGUCUGGGAACGUCUCGAGGCCAACAAGCUAUCGACGGAUCUUCGACAAGUCUGGUUUCCGGGAAACCACUCAAACUGCGGGGGCGGCUGGAACGACCAAGGCAUUUCUAACAUCACUCUUGCCUGGAUGAUGGACCAGUUGGCAUCCAUUGGCGUCGAGUUUAACCACCUCGCACUCGAGCGCUGCGUGCAGCAAUCCAAGUCCUUUUACCAGGCCCAAAUUAAGGACAAGAGCAUCAAAUGGGCUAUGGAGCCUGUCUACGGCCAAAACCACCCCCUCCGGCCGUGGGGUCUCGGGUCUAUUCAGAAAACAUCGAACCUUCUCUACACCUUGGCCGGAAAGAUUGUCCGUUCACCUGGAUUGUAUAGACAGGUCAAUGCUCACACGGAGGCUCGAAACGGUCCUUUCCUCAGAGACACCAACGAGCGCAUCCAUUCAUCGGUCCGUAUCCGUCUAGCCUGUAAGGGUCUGGGGUUGAAUGACCUUGGAGAGUGGGACAACCCGGCUAUGAAGAAGAACUGGCGGCUUGUCUAUUCGAACGCGGCUUACAAUGAUCCGGUCCCGCACCAUCCUGCUUGGGAACCCGAGGAGGAUCGGCAAGAGUAUAUAAAGCACCCUGCCGGUGCUGACUCUGAUGGUCGCUGGGUCUGGGAAUACUGUGGCCCAAAGGAGAAUACUCCCUCUAGUCCCACCGCGAGGACUAUGGUUGAGGAGCCCUUGGGGCCGUAUGAGCGUCAUCUUUUGAAGCUGACUGGUGGCGACCCCAAUGUGUACCAGUAUGUGCAGUCGAAGGAGGGCACCAAGCGCGCUCUCGAAAUAGAGAGCAGCUAG